AUGGAGGGCCUGGCUGGCUAUGUAUACAAAGCGGCCAGCGAGGGCAAGGUGCUUACCCUGGCCGCCUUGCUUCUCAACCGGUCUGAAAGCGACAUCCGCUAUCUGCUUGGCUAUGUCAGCCAGCAGGGAGGGCAGCGCUCCACGCCCCUCAUCAUCGCAGCCCGCAAUGGGCACGCCAAGGUGGUGCGCUUGCUCUUAGAACAUUACCGGGUGCAGACUCAGCAGACAGGCACCGUCCGCUUCGACGGGUAUGUCAUUGAUGGUGCCACCGCUCUUUGGUGUGCAGCAGGAGCAGGGCAUUUUGAAGUUGUUAAACUUCUAGUCAGUCAUGGAGCCAACGUAAACCAUACAACAGUCACUAACUCGACCCCGCUGCGGGCAGCUUGCUUUGAUGGCAGACUGGACAUUGUGAAGUACUUGGUUGAAAAUAACGCUAACAUCAGCAUUGCUAACAAAUAUGACAACACCUGCCUAAUGAUUGCAGCAUAUAAGGGACACACUGAUGUGGUCAGAUACCUUUUAGAACAACGUGCUGAUCCCAAUGCUAAAGCACAUUGUGGAGCCACAGCAUUGCAUUUUGCAGCUGAAGCUGGGCACAUAGAUAUUGUGAAAGAGCUGAUAAAAUGGCGGGCUGCUAUAGUAGUGAACGGCCACGGGAUGACACCAUUAAAAGUAGCUGCUGAAAGCUGUAAAGCUGAUGUCGUCGAACUGUUGCUCUCCCAUGCUGAUUGUGACAGAAGAAGUCGGAUUGAAGCUUUGGAGCUCCUGGGUGCCUCCUUUGCAAAUGACCGUGAGAACUAUGACAUCAUGAAGACAUACCACUAUUUAUAUUUAGCUAUGUUGGAGAGGUUUCAAGAUGGUGAUAAUGUUCUUGAGAAAGAGGUUCUCCCACCAAUCCAUGCUUAUGGGAAUAGAACUGAAUGUAGAAAUCCUCAGGAACUGGAAUCCAUUCGGCAGGACAGAGAUGCUCUUCAUAUGGAAGGCCUUAUAGUUCGGGAACGGAUUUUAGGUGCUGACAAUAUUGAUGUUUCCCAUCCCAUCAUUUACAGGGGAGCUGUUUAUGCAGAUAACAUGGAAUUUGAACAGUGUAUCAAGUUGUGGCUUCAUGCCCUGCACCUGAGACAGAAAGGUAACAGGAAUACCCACAAGGACCUUCUUCGAUUUGCCCAAGUUUUCUCACAGAUGAUUCAUUUGAAUGAAACUGUGAAGGCCCCCGACAUAGAAUGUGUUUUGAGAUGCAGUGUUUUGGAAAUAGAGCAGAGUAUGAACAGAGUAAAAAAUAUUGCAGAUGCUGAUGUCCACAAUGCUAUGGACAAUUACGAAUGUAAUCUCUAUACCUUUCUGUAUUUAGUGUGCAUCUCCACCAAAACACAGUGCAGUGAAGAAGAUCAGUGCAAAAUUAACAAGCAGAUCUACAACCUGAUUCACCUUGAUCCCAGAACUCGGGAAGGCUUCACCUUAUUGCAUCUUGCCGUCAACUCAAAUACCCCAGUUGAUGAUUUCCACACCAAUGAUGUCUGCAGUUUUCCAAACGCGCUUGUCACCAAGCUCCUGCUGGACUGUGGCGCUGAGGUGAAUGCUGUGGACAAUGAGGGGAACAGCGCCCUUCAUAUUAUUGUUCAGUACAACAGGCCCAUCAGUGAUUUUUUAACCUUGCACUCUAUCAUCAUUAGCCUAGUGGAAGCUGGCGCUCACACUGACAUGACAAAUAAACAGAACAAGACUCCGCUAGACAAAAGUACAACUGGGGUAUCUGAAAUACUACUGAAAACUCAAAUGAAGAUGAGUCUCAAGUGCCUGGCUGCCCGAGCAGUUCGGGCUAAUGACAUUAACUACCAAGACCAGAUCCCCAGAACUCUUGAAGAGUUUGUUGGAUUUCAUUAAGUGACUGCAUAUGUAAAAUUGUUUAAAGUGGUGCUAAAAGUAAAGGACUUUAAUCACAGAUAACAGAAUGAUGUGUUCAUAAGUUCUGUUUCUUUCCAUUACCCUUCCUCCCUCCCCAUCCUUCCUUAGGUCUGUGGUCGUCUUACCUCAUGCAGUUAAUUGAUUUCAAAUACACUUAGAACAAAGCCACACUGUUUAGGUGUAACUAUAAUAAUCUAAGGUGUGGAUAUUGGAUAAAAAAUAUUACUUAUUUUUCUUUUUUUUUUAACUUGAAGUACAAUCGAGACGCAACAUAUUAGUUUCAGGUAUACAAUAUAAUGAUUCAACAUUUGUGUUCUUUUUAAGGAAUGAAUAUAAAAUACUUCAAUUAUGUAACAUGGGACAUUUAUGAUUUGAAGUUGAUAAUGUUUUAAAAAACUGUCUCUGCAAAAGCAUUUCUGUUAAGCCUGGGUCAGCAUUAUUAUCCUUUCAGCAGUUUUGAGGAUUUCAUGAAAAACAACUAAAAAGGAACAUUAAAAGUAAUGGGACACCCAGGUGUUCUGCAUGUGCCAAACUGCUGUAGGUAGUUUUCACUCUGGAUUAUUUAUGUGGAGUGAUACAACAUAUUAUAACAUCAGGAGGAUUUAAAAUACAAUAGCUGCAGAUUAAUCUGAAAAAAUGUUCUAAUUUAAUAGUAAUUACAAAUAUGAAGUUAAAUCCAUUGAAAUUCUUGCAUUAUGCCGGGUGGUAUAUGGUAGUAAUCUUAAAGCAAUUUUUUAGAGAAUACUGAUAGACUGUAAGGCUUGAAUUCUAAAAUUCUUUGAUGUCUCUAUUUUCAUAUGAUUUAGCUAAGCUGCAGCAGUCUGUAUUUGAGCUCACAGACACAUAAGAAUUAUGAAUGCUGUGUUUUCUUAUGAAACAAAUUGUCACAAUAUAGUUAUACAUUCUGUUUUUGUCCCUUUCUCCCUUUCCUCCUGUGUGGUAUCUUUAAAAAUUUGGAAACUACUGUCCCAGAGAGCAUGACUCGUGCCUCCCUAGUAAGAUGUUUAUGAUAGACGAAAGGGAAUCAGGAUAUUUUUAAUUUUUUCACUUUCUUACUUAGUCUGUGAUAAGAAGUAGAAAAAAUCACUAGCUGGGUAUAGGAAAUAAAAAGUUUUUGAUGAUGAAAAUAAUUUGCAUUUCUACUUUGAAAAGUAUUUCUGAGAGCUGUAAAUUUUUCAGUCAUAUAUUCAAUAUGUCAUUUAUUUCAACAGGCUGUACAGAGGUCUUUAUGUGUCUUUGUUUUGUUUUAAUGGCAACAUUUUAACUGUCAGACUAAAAGAGUAUUCUAUGAUUAUCUUUUAAGCAUCAAAGAAAUUCAAGUAAAGAGUACACACCCAUUUCUAUUGAUGUUAAAAAUGAUCAAGUAAAAUUAACUGUAUCUGUAUUUUUCUCCCCAGUGCCAAAUGAAUGCCUUAGCUACUCAUAGUGCAUGGUACUGUUAACUGAAGACCUGCAGCUUUUUUUCUUUAAAGAAAAGCAUUAUAAUGAUGUAGCAACAUCAGAUUUAAGCUAAAAAAACCAAAACUGUAAAGUUUCAGUUAACUACGUAUGGAUAUUGCUUUGUGAAAUAUAAGAGAAAUGUUGCAGUUGAAUCAGUGGAAACAUAACGACCAAGCCAAAAUCAGCACCUACGGCCUUUAAUAAAAUAGAGACCCCAGAAAAUGAAAUACUUUGAAGGGUGGGGAGGGGAUGGAAGGGGGAACUUUAAAAACUUUUUCCCCACAAGAAUGCAAGAUACUUUGACAGCUACUGCAAUUAAAUUUCAUGUAUCUUUUUACUUCAGUUAGGAAUGCUUUGAUGGUAGAUUAUGUCAUGGUAAUAUAUUUCUGUUUUCCUAACCUGAGAUUUUUACAAGGAAGGUUUUUAGGAUCAGUCAAAGGGAGGUAUUUGAAUGAGCCCUAAUUUGAAAAUUACUGUCCUUGAUCCUCCUGGUGUGAAUCAAGGAAAUACUGUACCUCGCUCUUGGCAACUUUCCUGGCCUGAAAGAGAAAAUGUACAUCCUCAAGGUGAGUGAAUCAUGCCUUUCCCAUAGCUUAGAUCAGACCCUGUAUUUUUCAGACUUCAAGGUCUGCUUAUUUGAUAUCCUGAGGAAUGUCUCAAGAAUGGCAGGGUAUUCAGCUGGUUCCAGUAUUAAUGUGUAUGAUUUGUGAACACCAGAACUUAAACUGUCACAUAAUGUUGAAUGUUUUAAAAGUCAUUUCAUCCCUUUGGUUACCCAGGACCAAUGCUAUUUAGAUAUUAUUUAUAAAAUGAGGAUAAUGAUUAUAUGUACAUAUUUAGACAUUGAAAUUUAAUGACAUUAGGUGUUUUUGAGAAGGAAAGACUGAAUACUGGAGUUAGUAAAACUGCUGAUUGAAAUGCUGACAAAGUUGGAGAAUGAAUUUGAAGACAGUGGAAUAAACUGAAUUCUACUAAUGGUAACUUAAUUUUUUUUGCUAUGGUAGUACAUUGUGUGCUAUAUUGCUAAGGAUCUAAUUCUGUCUUGUAAAAUAAAUCCAAAUAUGUAUUGUGAAACACCUGUAUAAAGCCAUUCUUGAAACAAGUGA